GAAAUGUCUGUAGAAUUCCUCCGUGAAGAUUACUCGGCACUUUUUCAGUCAAACUUCAUCUGUGCAUUUUCUUCAAUUUUAAGUGAUAAUCCGUGGGUUAAAUUGGUGAAAAAUGGUGCAACAAACAGCUGAGACUGCAGUGGUGCAGGAUGUAGAGAUGGAGAAUGCAGAAUCACCCCCAGAUCCAGAGAAAUUGAAGGUGGAAGCUGAUGUUUUGUCUGUGCAGGAGAUUCGAGAGCAUGCCAGACAAAUUGAGAAAGCUGUAGUCAGCAAGGAGCCCCGUUUUAUCCUCAGGGUGUUGAGGGCUCUGCCAAAUACGCGUCAAAAGACAAAUCCCGUGGUUCUAAGGAGUCUAGCCACGCAGCUGUAUCCAGCUGGUCAGGAAAGAAAUGCAAUCCUUGUAUUUGUGGAGGAACUAGCUGCAGGAGCUACAGAACCUGAAGUUCCACGUGCGAGGGCUGCCACAAAAUCCCCAAUGCCCGAGGUGGAUGCCUACUACCACCUCCUGGUGCUUGUGCGUCUUCUGGAUGGGAGGCACCUCGAGAAAGCGUCACAGUGCUCAGAAGCUCUGAUGAACAAAAUUGUCACGCAAAAUCGUCGCACACUAGAUUUGCUGGCUGCCAAGGCCUACUUCUAUCACUCCCGUGUGGCUGAGUUGACCAACAAACUCGACAGCAUUCGGGGUUUCCUGCAUGCACGUCUCCGGACAGCGACGCUGCGAAAUGAUUUUGAGGGUCAAGCGGUGAUUAUCAACUGCCUUCUGAGGAACUAUCUCCACUACUCUCUCUACGAUCAGGCUGACAAACUGGUGAACAAGUCGGUAUUCCCAGAAUCAGCCAGCAAUAACGAAUGGGCGAGAUUUCUCUACUACCUUGGCCGGAUCAAGGGAGCCAAGCUGGAAUACAGUCAGGCACAUAAGAAUCUCGUGAUGGCACUGCGAAAGGCGCCCCAGAAUGCCGCUAUUGGUUUCCGUCAGACCGUGCAGAAGCUCAUCAUUGUGGUGGAGCUCCUGCUGGGGGAUAUUCCGGAGCGUCAGAUCUUCCGUCAGGCUGCCCUUCGUCCCUCUCUGGCACCCUAUUUCCAGCUCACCCAAGCCGUCCGUCUGGGCAACCUCAAGCGCUUCAGUGAGGUCCUGGAACACUUUGGACCCAAGUUCCAGCAAGACUACACCUACACCCUCAUCAUCCGGCUCCGUCACAAUGUCAUCAAAGCCGCCAUUCGCUCCAUCGGGCUCUCCUACUCGCGCAUCUCACCCCGAGAUAUUGCCAAGAAGCUCGGACUGGACGCAGCAGAAGAUGCGGAAUUUAUUGUGGCCAAAGCCAUUCGCGAUGGAGUGAUUGAGGCCACGCUGGAUCCCGAGAAGGGUUUCAUGCGCAGCAAAGAUAGUACCGAUAUCUACAGCACAAGGGAGCCCCAAUUGGCCUUCCAUCAACGCAUCUCCUUCUGCCUGGACCUCCACAAUCAGAGCGUCAAGGCUAUGCGCUACCCGCCCAAGUCCUAUGGAAAGGACCUCGAGAGCGCAGAAGAGAGGCGCGAGAGGGAACAACAGGACCUGGAACUGGCCAAGGAGAUGGCCGAAGAAGAUGAUGAUGGUUUCUAAAAGCUUCUCAUGCUCUGUAUUUGCUAAAUCUUUCUAAAUAAAUAUUUUUGUCGCUAUAA